ACGGAGCGGGGCAACAGCAGCACAUCUACAGUCUACAGCUCCAGUCUGGGAGUCACAAGAGUCCGGAGGCUGUAGUCGUGGUGGCAGACCGAAACUAAAAGCCCAUCGUCUCUGUCAAUGAGUAAAUCCAGACAGCUAACCUGAGCCGAAGUCCCCGAGAGGAGCGCUUUGUUCCGUGGAGCUCUCAGUGUUUCAGUCGGCCAUAGGAAAAGUGUUGAUUCCAAGGACGUCCACUACUAAAAGCUUCAGAAGCGCAAAACGUGGAAAAACGUGAUGAAUGCGAUGAGAGAUUAUUUUCCUAUCCUGCUUGUUUUUGUGGCGGCGGUGACGGACACAGGCGCUAAAGCCUCUGCUUCUGAGGAUGGUCUAUCUAUCACCCCAGGGGGCAAUUCAGAGAGUGGGGCCAGCUUGUACCCCACCACGCAGGAUACAGGCAGGAGGCUUCCCAUCGUCACUACUGCCCCACCAGUCAACGUCCCCAACCACCACCCACUCUACAGAAACCCCCCCCAACGCCCUUAUGGUCAGGCAAACUACUUUAAAGACAGCUCUCAGCCCAGCUUUUCCAUAAUGCCAUCCGUGGCUCCACUGGAUAACAGUGAUAAAAGGCAUUCAGAUGAGAGUGCUGAAAGCGCCAACAUUCGAACAACCCGAGUUAUGCACUCAUUAGAAGCCACUUCUCAGUCCAUCUCCCCUGUUACAGUCAGCAGUAUGGUUUUAAAAGACCCAGAACAUGCUGUCACCAUUCUCUCUGCCACUGCUGCUGCAAAGGAGCAAGAUGUAGUGAGAGUAAACCAGCCUGGACUAAAGCAGAAUGUGAAGCCUGGCAGUGAUGAAGAGGAGACAACCACCACCACCAUCACCACCACCACCAUCAUCACCACCAUGCAGAGUCCAGUUCCCUGCCAGCUGAACCUGACUGGGCCAGAAGGAUACAUAGAGGCUCCACCACAGUCCAGCUCUGCUUUUCACUCCACUAUGGACUGCAGCUACAUCAUCACUGUCUAUAUGGGUUAUGGAGUAGAGGUCCAGGUGAUGAAUGUCAAUCUAUCUGAGAGAGACAAGGUGCUGUUUGAAGACGUGGGACAUGGGGAGAACACCAUGCUGGCCAACGAGUCCAUUCUGAUGAGAGGAUUAGUGGUACGGAGCCACAGCAAUCAGAUCUCCAUAGGCUUCCACAGCCAGAGGGCUCAGGUCGGAUCAGUCCUGCUCAGAUAUCUGGCCUUUGUGUUGAGCUGUGCCUUCCCCCAGCGGCCUCUCUACGGUGAUGUAUCAGUGAGCAGUCUCCACUCUGGAGGCAAGGCUUUCUUCACCUGUCUGACUGGCUACCAGCUGCAAGGCAACAGCGUGCUGACCUGCCGUAAUGCUAGCACCCCCUACUGGAGUGGCAAGGAACCACACUGCCUUGCUGCUUGUGGUGGUUUGAUCAGGAACGUCACCGUCGGUCGGAUCGUCUCUCCUGGUUUUCCCAGCAACUACAGCAACAACCUGACCUGCCACUGGCUGCUGGAGGCCCCUGAGGGCCACAGACUACAUAUCCACUUUGAGAAGGUAGCACUGGCUGAGGACGAUGAUCGGCUGCUGAUCAAAAACGGUAACAGCAUAGACGGAGCUGCCCUGUAUGAUUCAUAUGAAGUGGAGUAUCUUCCCAAUGAAGGUCUACUCAGCACGUCCAAGCAUCUCUUUAUUGAGCUGACGACAGAUGCUACAGGCACAUCUACUGGCAUUGCCAUCAGAUACCAAGCCUUUGCAGCAGGCCACUGCUACGAACCCUUUGUGAAGUAUGGGAACCUGACCAGUAGUGACAACACCUGGGCAGUGGGAGCUGUGGUGGAGUUUGCUUGUGACCCUGGCUAUACUCUGGAACAGGGAUCUGUCACCAUUGAAUGCAUGGACCCCAACAAUCCCCAGUGGAACGAGACCGAGCCUGCCUGCAGAGCUGUAUGUAGUGGCGAGAUCACAGACUCAGCUGGAGUGGUGCUGUCUCCAAACUGGCCUGAAGCCUACGAUAAAGGCCAGGACUGUAUCUGGGGGAUCCACGUUGAGGAGGACAAGAGGAUCAUGGUGGACAUUCAAGUGUUGAACAUCGGGAAGAAUGACCUGGUGACCUUUUAUGAUGGAGAUGACCUUACAGCUAAAGUUCUGGGUCAGUAUGGAGGAUCAAAGUCCCGAUUCAAGCUCUACACCUCCACUGCAGACAUCACCAUCCAGUUCCAGUCUGACCCUGCCACCAAUGUUUACGGCUAUGGCAAUGGCUUCAUAGUCCACUUCUUUGAAGUAGCUCGUAAUGACACGUGUCCUGAGCUUCCAGAGAUCUCUAAUGGUUGGAAGAGUACAUCUCAUCCUGAGCUGGUUCAGGGUACCGUGGUGACCUACCAGUGCUACCCUGGUUAUCAGGUGAUGGGCGCCGAGCUGCUCAUGUGCCAAUGGGAUCUCACCUGGAGUGGGGACUUACCAAGCUGUGAGAGAGUGGUGUCUUGUGCUGACCCUGGAAUAGUGGAGCACAGCAGGCGGGUGCUGUCGGGUCCCCAUUUCACUGUGGCUUCAACCAUCCAGUACAUCUGUAACAAGGGCUUCACCCUGUCUGGAAACAGCCUGCUCACCUGCUACAAUCGAGGAUCCUCAGGCCCCAAGUGGAACCAGAAGCUGCCUAGAUGCCUUCCUGAGACUUUUGAGCCCUGCAGUCACCCAGGGACACCUAACUUUGGGAUCCCCAGCUCCAACAAGCUCCACUUCCAGGCUGGAGAGACGCUUCAUUACUCCUGUCUGACUGGCCAUCAGCUGCUGGGUGAGCCUGUUCUCCACUGUGUCCCUGGACACCCAUCCCAGUGGAGUGGGCUGCCACCUGUCUGUAAAGCCCACCCAGCAGAGUUUGACAAGCACAGACUAGAUGCAUCUGCUGCAGAGCUAAGGAUGGAGGCAGCCCAAGUAGCAUUUGCUGUCUUCAUCCCCAUCAUCAUCAUCCUCAUCCUCGCCAUUGGGAUCUACGUCUGCUUCUCAAAGGUUCAGAGGAAGUCCCUGCAGCUCUCCCUGUCCUCCAACCUACCAUAUGAAAACAUCACUGGAGAAUCUACGUUUGACAACUCAGUUUAUGAGACAAGGGAAACCAGAGAAUAUGAGGUUCCAAUCUGAAGACGCCUGUGUGUGUUUCACUAUGGACACAGUAUGGCCUUUUCAACGUCUCCUUUGGUGACUCCCUUGACACCUCCACCCUGUUCUCUGUACCCUGAAUAUGAGCCUCCCUUUAUCUACCCAACAGAGGACACCACCUUGCCCCUGGAAAGGCUGGCCACCGGAUUAUUUUUCUAGAUCUUCAACAGUAACAGUCCAGCAGCAGCAGCAGUUUAUACCGUUUUUAAUCCUGAGAACUUUCAGUGCAAGGUACCAUCUCAGAAAGCUGAGGGAAUCAAUGCGAAGCUCGUGCCAUUAAGUGCAUAUAACCACAAAUGUUACAUUGUGUUCAGUACAUUGUACACUAUAUGUCUCCUUUCACCAUUUAAAGAGAAGAGCUUGGAUCUAUGGGAUGUCUACUGAGAGAAACAUUUACAAUUGAACUUGAGAAAAACCACAGCAGUAUGUCCAAAAAUGUUGCAACCUUUUUGAGAUAAGAAAUCAGAAUGUGCCUUAAAUAAAAAGGCCCUUGAAGGAAAAUCUUUCUUUCUGAGAAUGUGAUAAGUGGAUUGAUAUCAUUCUCAUAUCUGUGUUUCAAGUAUGAAGUUGGGUGUGGUUAGUGUAGCUUAGCAUAAAGGCUGGAAUCCAACAAUACACCCAACACCUCUAAACCAUACCAUUAAGAAACAUGUUGCAUCUUGUUCAUUUGUAGAAAAAAAAAGAAAAGAAAACAAGUCUAAAGGCAACAAUAUGUGCUUUAGCCAUUAUAAGGUGUGGAAAACAUUUGCAAAGCAGAAGUGCUAUGUAGUUUCUGGGAUUGAUAUUUUCUUAAUUUUCUUUCUUUAUUAAAGAUGUAAGCAGAGGUUACGUGUUGUUUGUUUGUUUGUUUGUUUGUUUGUUUGUUUGUUUGUUUGUUUGUUUGUUUUGCUUUGAAAAGAGCCAGGCCUGCUUCCAGGUUUAAUGCUAAGCUAGGCUAACUACAUCCUAAAGACACUGCAUGGAACUGCUAUAGAUUUUCCAAUCCUCUCAGAAAGAAAGCAAAUAGACAUAUUUCCCAGAAUGUUAAAUCAUAAACAUCUAAUAUGGAAUCAUUCAGGUUUCAAUUUAUAUUUUAAAAUGACAAUCUUGAUUUCAUACAUUCACAUGUAACAUGGAGAAAAAAUAAAUAAAGAUCUUUUUUUUCUGCUUCAUUAACCAGUGUCAGUUUAGAGUAAAAGUGAAAUUAAAAUAAGUUUACUGACAUCCCAUGCAUUAAACCUUCUAUAAAGCAAAGGAAGGAAAGCUGUUGCUCAUAAUGCCAUGGCCUGUUUGGAGAUUGAGUCUGAAUUCAGACUUUUACUGCUGUUUAAACAGUAUACAGUAUAUAUUAUCCUAUGAUAAUAUAUGUCCAAGCUGGUAUGAUGAAAAUGAUAAUUAACCUAUUUUUGAUUCAUUGUACAUAAAUUACUGAUUAAGCUACUUCACAAACAUCUUCAAUAAAAGUUGUUGUUCAGAAAAACCAGUG